GAAGAACCUGUUCAUCUUGAAGGCAGUGCAAUGGAUGUACACAUUAAGUGGCUUAAGCGAGAAUAUAUGAAAACUCAGAGGAACUGGAAGGAAGUGGAUAACAGAAUGAAUGUGACAAUAGAAAUACGGAGGAAGAUGAUCAGCAAUAAGGCACCUGUAAAAGACAUUCUUAGACUAUUUCCUUUCUUAAGAUGCCCUUAUCAGCUUUUUAGGGAGUUCCAGCUUCUCACGCACAUGGACAUUUAUAAGAAAACAGUUGAGAUUUUGGAGAUUUAUUCAGAAAACAUAUUAUCUUUGUAUGUGGUGAGGAAUAAUCCAAUUAACAUUAUGCUGCAAGAAAAUCUGAAGCGGCACACAGAGGAAGACAUUCUGAAAUAUAUGAAAAUGACUGCUGCAUGUUUACUCCUGCCAGAUGUCUUUGGAGAUGAUUCCAGUCUGUUUGCUGCGGUGAACGAGGAGGUGAAGGUGGUGACACCAGUGUUGGAAGUAAAAAAUCCCUUCAAUGUGAAUUCAUGCGAGUUUGCGCUGUACGUAGAAAGGGAAGAGCUAGCCCAGCUCGAUGACUGCACCAUGGCCCUGGCGGCACUGGUGGCUGCGUUUCACGUGUUCGAUAUCCCGUGCCCAAAGAGAAUCCACAGGACGCUCAACUUCCUGGAGUCCCUGGUCUUUGAGGUGAGGAGCCCAGCAUCCCUGCCCACCCAGGUAAAGAGAGGGCUGGAGGUACCCGAGUAUCCCAGUAUGUGA